GUCCUCCCGCGUUCCUAGAGAAGACCAGGAAGCGCGAUGGGGUCCCGGAAGAUGAGGCGCUGGCCUACUUCCGGUCUUUGUGACUCAUUGUGUCUGUGGCGAGGCGUUGGGAGGGCCUAGGUUGGUGUGCGGUGCCCUUCGACCGGGUUGAGCCCGGGAGUCAGCCGUGCUUGGUUGCUCGGUGUCCCCAGGCCACUCCGGAGACUCACGGGAAAAAGUGUUGGUGUGAUUUUCGUUUUAUUGCUGUCCUUCACUCCCCGGUCCCGGGCCCUUGAGAAUAUUGAGGUAGAUCAACGCUGCGGAAGACCUUGAGCUCUGCACACGUUUUGAGAUUCCGCCGAUGUUUCCAGAACACCUGCUUUUCUGUCUCUCCACCUCCCAGCACUGAGCUAGAAGCUUGACAGUGGUUAAAGACCUAAUAGAGAUUAACAACCGGCUCUCGAUUUUAUGGAAUGCUUCAAAAACCCUUGCUGGGUUAAGCUUUUUAAAUGUGCUGUCUAGAAAAUAGUUUUUUAGUUCACCUUGCUUGAUUGGAGUGGGUGAGUUGUGAAGGGUAUCUGGGAAUCACGCUGGGGAGUAGGAGAUUGAUUAGCUUAAUGACCUUGAAUGAGACAAGACCUUUGCCAACUGUCAGUUUUAUUAUCCGUAAAAUUAGCUACCUCUACUCUAAAAAGCUCUUCCAAAUUUGAAAUGAGUGAAGUUGGUCAAAUGUAACUGAAAAAUAAAGAUCAAACCGUUUAACCUGACACUCCCCUUCCUUCCCCUCUCUUCCUUACACACACACACACACACACACACACACACUUUGAUUAAAGAGAGUGUCUGUUCCAUGGCCCGGGACCAAAGAAAGCAUUUAUUGUACAGGGCAGUGCUAGGCGGAUUGGAGGCAGUCAAUAAAUACUUGUUGAAUUGUGAAGAAUUCAUUGUAACCACAAGUUACUCAAGUGAAGUUACUAGAAAAGCCAGCCAAAUGUGGGAAAAGAGCUUUAUUACAAGGGACCUAUGGUGAAGAUUGAUCCAGGUGGCUUCUUCAGUACUAGUGCAGAGACCAAUAGAAAAGUGCCGCUAAGACAGAAGCGCGCCCUGGCCCUGCUGGACCCCAGCAGCUCCCCGAGUCUGAAUGAUGACUGCUGAGUCAAGGGAAGCCACGGGUCUGUCCCCACAGGCUGCACAGGAGAAGGACGGGAUCGUUAUUGUGAAGGUGGAAGAAGAAGAUGAGGAAGAACACAUGUGGGGGCAGGACUCCAGCCUGCAGGAGACGCCCCCACACGACCCAGAGGUAUUCCGCCAGCGGUUCAGGCACUUCUGUUACCAGAACACUUUUGGGCCUCGAGAAGCGCUGAAUCGACUAAAGGAACUUUGUCAUCAAUGGCUUCGACCUGAAGUCAACACCAAGGAGCAGAUCCUGGAGCUGUUGGUGCUGGAACAGUUCCUGUCCAUCCUACCCAAAGAACUGCAAGUCUGGCUGCAGGAGUACCGGCCCGACAGCGGAGAGGAGGCCGUGACUCUUCUGGAAGACUUGGAGCUUGAUAUUUCGGGACAGCAGGUCCCGGGUCAAGUUCAUGGGCCUGAGAUGCUUGCCAGGGGAAUGGUGCCUCUGGAUCCGGUUCAGGAGUCCUCAAGCUUUGGCCGUCAGGAAGCUACCCACCCUCAUUUCAAGCAUUCAUCUCGGAAGCCUCGCCUCCUGCCAUCCCGAGCUCUCCCUGCCACCCACGUUCCUGCCCCUCAUCAUGAGGGGAAUCCUAGAGACCAGGCGAUGGCAUCUGCACUCUUGACCGCAGAUUCCCAGGCAAUGGUGAAGAUCGAGGACAUGGCCGUGUCCCUCAUCCUGGAGGAAUGGGGAUGUCAGAACCUGGCUCGGAGGAAUCUCAAUAGGGACAGCAGGCAGGAGAAUUUGGGGAAUGUGUUUUCCCAGGGUUCUGAAAACAGGAAUGGGAAUGAGGCAGCCUCAAAGGCUGAAGUCAAAGAAGAUUCCACCUCACAUGAGGAGACAACAGGAAGAUUACAGAAAGAAUUUGGAGAGAAACGUGAACAGCAGGGCAGAGUAGUCGAAAGGCAGCAGAGAAACCCUGAAGAAAAAACUGGCAAAGAGAAGAAAGAGCCUGGGCCACCUACAGCCAAGGAAAAGAAGCCCUAUGCAGGAGAGAGGGGCCCAAGGGAGAAGGGCAAAGGUCUGGGAAGAAGCUUCAGUCUGAGUGCAAACUUUAAUAAUACCCCCGAAGAGCUUCCGUCGGGGGCAAAGACGCAUAGGUGUGAUGAGUGUGGGAAAUGCUUCACAAGAAGCUCCAGCCUUAUCCGCCAUAAAAUCAUCCACACUGGAGAGAAGCCCUACGAAUGUAACGAGUGUGGCAAAGCCUUCAGUCUCAAUUCAAACCUUGUCCUACAUCAGCGAAUCCACACAGGAGAGAAACCUCAUGAAUGUAACGAGUGUGGCAAAGCCUUCAGUCAUAGCUCAAAUCUCAUCCUGCAUCAGCGCAUCCACUCUGGAGAGAAACCCUACGAAUGUAACGAAUGUGGCAAAGCCUUCAGCCAGAGCUCAGACCUCACGAAGCACCAGAGAAUCCACACAGGGGAGAAGCCCUAUGAAUGUAGUGAAUGUGGAAAAGCUUUCAACCGAAACUCAUACCUUAUUUUGCACCGGAGAAUUCACACUCGAGAAAAGCCCUACAAGUGCACUAAGUGUGGGAAGGCCUUCACGCGGAGCUCAACCCUCACACUGCACCAUAGGAUCCAUGCCCGAGAGAGAGCCUCGGAGUACAGCCCGGCCUCCCUGGAUGCUUUUGGAGCAUUCCUGAAAAGCUGUGUGUAAAGCAAUAGUGGAUCAUCAAAGCAUUUCCCCCCUUUUGUUUCUAAAAUUAUGUCAGAUAUAUGUGCCCAUCAAGGGAAAAGUAAUAACACCAUCUAAUUGUUUGAGAAGUCACACUUAAGGAUCCUUAAGAGUUACAUCGACAGUGUUCUGCCUUUAGGUGGUCUGUAGGCAUAUAAUUCUUACAGUCCUUGCAAGGGAGACCUAGUCAUAUGUAUAUCUUCAGUAUAUCUCCACGCAAGAUAAAAGCACACACAGUAAAAUGCCAAGCUUUCCAGUAAUGGGUAUACGAAUCAAGACCGGCUCUGUGUGUAUUCAGCUGAAGUUAAGAAGCCACUUGCUGCCAACAAACCCUACUUGGACAACCUAUAUUUCUCAAUGAAGACAGACAGUUAAUACAAAAACUACGUUGUGACAUGCUGCUCAAGCAAGUUAUAUAUCCAGAAAGUUGUAUAUCUGAUCACUGGUAGCCUGCCAAAGCUAUAGAAAUCUAGGACUGUGCUGAUCAGAAUCAAACCAAAGAUGAUUUCUGUCUCUCUGAAAGAGAGGGUAUAUGCACCACUUUGUAGUUCUAAGGACUGUAAAAGGGUGGCUCUGCCAUCAUCAGCGUGGUCAGUGCUACUGAAAUGGCAACAAUUCAAGAUUCUUCUCUCCCUCCUCAACAUCCCUGAAGCACUCUAGCGCUCCUCAGUGCACUCUCCACGCGUUGACACUUGAUUACAUGCCAUCUUUUAAUCCUUCACCAUUCAGUGUAUGGAAGCUUUUAUCAACCCCUCCCCCCCAAAAAAAAGAUGCUUCAGUUGUCAAGAAAUACAGUUAUAUUCCUGACAGCACAACACUGGAUGUAGUACUGACACACCCAAGGCACUCCAUAUGACAGACUUCCAACAGGACCGUCAUGUUGUGGGAGAGCCUGUGAGUCGUGAGUACCUGAAAUAUGGUACCUUCAGAGCUGUAGACCAUGCUCUAAGUUAUUCUAGGGUCAAUGUAAUUUUUGUCCUAAAUAAAAGCAAAAGCUUGCUUAGCUGUCUGCAGAGACUCUAUAAACAUGGAUCAGUAAGUAAAUACCACAGAAUGUCAAAAAAAAAUGACUUUUGUUGUCCACUUACAGAAGAAAACUAUGAACACUAUAAAGUUUUUGUUUGUGUAACAUAUUUCACGCAAAGCUCUUAUUCUUGGCCAGAAAUAUUUUUGGUCAACUGCUGAAUGGUUCGUCUUUUGAGCACUUGCUGAGUUGUUCAAAACUUAACUAACAUUCUUCAAAAUAUGUGAUGGGCUUUUGUUUUUAUUGUUCCUUUAUUUGUUUUUGUUUUUAAUUCUCAGAAAAAGGGAAAGUUAAAGGGAGCAUCUUUUCCACAUUUGACCAGAAACUUGCAGAAGCAUCUGUCGUUACUAGCUGGCAGUGGCUGAAGAUAUCCUCUCGCUCGGAGAAGUUCACCACCACAUGGUGCUGUGGUUGGUUGUGUCAUUGUGUUUAAUAGCACACAGCGUUGUUUUGAUCUCUCAUGAAAGACUGAAGUAAGGUUAGGGGACUUUAGCCUUUCCUGAGAUCUCUGGAGGUGGCUUCCCAGAAGCUCUUGAUCAAGACUUAACACAUACAGGAGACCCAAGUCUGGACUACAUAGGUGUCAGGCACUUGAACAAACUGCUCUUUUCAUGAAAGUAUGGAGAUCCCUGCAGAACCCUAGAAACAUAAGCUAAAGACAAACUUGAAGACUGUUGGCGUGAACACCCUGCAUACGGUUUAAGAUUUCCCCUCAAGAAACAACUAAAACCAUCUUGUACCAGUUGUUUGCUGACGAGCAGCGAAAGUCCAUGAGACACAAUAGUGGGUCUCAUCAGGUUGGUGCCUGUGUGACCUCAGCUCCAGGUCAAACUAGAAUCCUACAAGCAAUCAUUAUCUAGUCCCUCUUUGACUUUAUUUCUUAGACCAAUCACACUUCAGUGAUGGUGUCUAAACUGUUUGCACAGUGCUGCCUGUGAGUGUGUCCACCCAACAGAAAAGCAGCAGACAUGCUGGUUCACUGGUUCACUCUGGAGUGAGGCAGAGAUGGAAAUGCUUUAAGGUUCUUCCUAAGGAAUGAGUCAUGGUGAUGGUGGGCCUUUUUGAGAACUCUGCUAAAACAACUGAAAAAAAAAGGUUCAGUACUCCGGGAGCCCAUCCGGACACUGGUUUUGAGCCCAAGAAAGGACAUUGGUCAUUUCCCUGUUGGCCACUUAUACACAGACAUACACAACUACAUGCUGAUGUACUUUGACCAUCAAUCUAGGGUCUUGUUUUUAAGUUAAAUUAAGACAGACCUGUGCCCCUCCCCCAUCCCUCAUUCCCAUUUUAUUGGGACAUCUUACUAUUAGUUACUGGAGUGGCUUCAGAGCUAGCUACCACAGAUGCACUCCUGGAGGCAGCCAAUUGAAGAUGUGUUUUAUUUAGAAAGCAGGCUAUAGAUGGUCAUCAAAACAUCUUAGAUGCUCCACACAGUAUCUCUGUGUCAUGAUUCAGAAGGCUGACACCUGUAGUGUUCAGGAUGGAUGUUCCGGCUUAAGUGCUUACUAGUUAAUCAUUAGCAUGCUAGUUGGCCUGAAGACUUUUUUUUUGUUUUGUUUUUUGUUUUUCGAGACAGGGUUUCUCUGUGGUUUUGGAGCCUGUCCUGGAACUAGCUCUUGUAGACCAGGCUGGUCUCGAACUCACAGAGAUCUGCCUGCCUCUGCCUCCCGAGUGCUGGGAUUAAAGGCGUGCGCCACCACCGCCCGGCUUUUUGAAGACUUUUUAAGUGAAAUUUAACCGCAUGACAAAAGUCAAAGUUGCGGGCUUUCUACUUCAGCCUGGUAGGCGAGGCUGAGCGUAGAUGUGUGAGACAACUUGAUAUGCAAAGCACUUGAUGUUAAAGGCAUAAACAUGAGACUGUAAAUGUGUGUAGGGAGACUGUUGAAUAUGUGGGGCAGUCCACACCUUAGCAUACAUCAGAAAUAGACUCCAGAAUGGGACCUAGUCUGAGUGUGGUGUUUGGCAAAGCUUACACUGUAAAUAAACUUUUACUGUCUGUGAGGCCAACUUCAUAGUACUGCCUUGGACAUGAAAUUCCCUUCAUCUGUUCCACUCAUGCAGUAAGUUCCAGAAACUGCCAAGAGAGUUCAGUCUUAACUCCAGAGGAUCCACAAGAGGAAACAAAUGUGGGGAAAGGCUAAAGAAGUAGUAAACAUGUACAACCUCCUAUGGAAAUGGUUCGCUUGGGCACCUUGAUGUGUUCCGUACCUCACCCCUCCUGUCACUCUUUAUAUUCCUUGUAAACGUGGUCCAGUCUGUUGAACAGAAUGCAUCACAGGAAAAAAGUGAAGUUUUGGAAUAAUUGAGAAACUGAUGUGAUUAUAAACAAGAGUUCACAGAAUUGGGGUGGGGAGAAAACUCGGGCUGCUGCUUGUGGGGAGGGAGAUCCGUGAGAAGAGGGCGGUCAACGCGAAGUGCCCUUCUGAGCUGCAGUGGGAACCGGUGGGUUCUGACUGCUCCAGUGUUAAUGUUUGAGGAGGACAUAACGCUCGGCAAAGGAUAGGAAGUACACAGAACAGCUAGGCUGCCCAGAUUCCGGUGACCACAGUCCUGUUUUCCCUCACAAAUCCUCUGUGCGUAGAAGAGUGGGGACUCAGUCCACAGGAAGGGCUACUUUUCAGGAAAUGCCUUUCUGUCUUGGUGGGGAGGUGGAGGGCUAUCUCAGAGUUUGAGAAGCAUUGAAAGAUUUACUUUGACUCUGCUGCAAGGUUCUUUCCUUGCUCCCAUUCUCUGGCACAUUUAUGCGUAGGAGACAGUGUUUGAAGAUUCAUAGCUGUGAAUAUUUAUUGAUUUAAGUUUUCAUCCUAGAAUUGUCAACUUUGUUUCCAACAGUCGUGCUGAUCUGUUUAUCAAAAGGGAAUUUAAUCAGGUUCAUCUUGCCAUCCUCAUGGAGGACUAAUUUUGUCACUUGGAGUGGCAGUGCUGAAGCACUCAAUACAGCAAGCUUGCCAGAAGAGCCAUUUUCUGUGUCCCACUCACUAUGAGCAACUCUCAAGUGUGUAUGAGGGAGGCCUGGGGGUGUGGUUCCAUCCCCAGCACUGCAUCAAAAGGAUGUGGUGGCAAUGCCUAUAAUCCUAGCACUUGGGAGAUAGAGGCAAGAAGAUCAGGGGUUCGGGAUCAUCCUCUGUCAGCAAGUUUGAGACCAGUCUGAACCACAGGAGAUCCUAUCAAAAAAAUUUAACUAUGUACGUGUAUAUCCAUAAAGGAGGCAGACAUAGUGGUACAGGCCUGUAAUCCCAGCACUCAGGAGGCUGAGACAGAUCACAAGUUCACAGCCAGCCUGUGUCCACAGAAAUAGGAAUAUGUUGGGAUUUCCUAUUAGGGAAGCAAAGGUCUGUGAAUUGAAUGAAAUAUAGAACCAGAGACGCAAACUUAAAUGGUCUAAAUAGAUCACUUAUAGAAGUUAGGGUAGAUUUUUAUUUCAGCUACUAUUAGAGACAAUGAGCAUUGUUGGAAAAGUACCUAACAGAUCUAGGCUUUCCUCUUGUAUGGAAAUACUACUGUACAUUUUAAAGCAGUUACUUAUUUUGCUAUUCAGAUUUUUUAUUAUGUCUGGAAAUACCUGUUUUGCUUUUCAAAACUUUGUAAAACAAACUUGAAGUUUUAGGUAAGGUAAGCCAUCUCCAAUACUGCAGGUCAAGCAUAAGUUUGGGAAAUCCUUUUGCCAUACAUAAUAACUAAUGUCUUACUAUGAGAACUUAGUUUCCUGUUGUCUGCUUCUUUCCUAGUUGAUACCACCAAUCCCAUGUUUUUCUCUAAUAUUCUAAAUAGCAGAAUGGAGAGAAUGAAGGUUAGUCAGCUCUGAGCCAUGGUCCCAAAUGGAAAAGAACAGUGAAUUGUGGUCUGCUGUGAUUUUGAGUUGUUUUUUUUGGGGGGGGGGGGUUGUUUUUAAAUCUUGUAGGUUGUGACACGCCCCCUUCCACAAACUGACUCAACUUCAAAUUACACAGUCAUUAGCCAAGUGAAUUGGUCUUUAAAAUGGUCUUGAUUCACAAGCACUCAUUAAGUAAAUUUGGCCCAGUGCUUGAAGAUGGAAGAAUGAGAUUUCUGAAAGAUUGGAAGAGGCUGGACCAAAACUUGUAUUUCGUUACAGUUUGAGAUUGGGGGUAAGUCGUUUUGGUUCUCGAAAGGGUGACCAGUCACACUGAGUCUCACUUAUCCUGUAGUCUCCGGACAAGAUCAGAUGUGUUACAAAAGAAUGGCCAAGAAAGUUCCCAUAGCCUUAAGAUCUGCUAAGUGCUGAGGGCAGAAAGACUUGAUCUCUCAUGGGGCAGGGGUAGAGGGGGCAGAGCUUGCUCACCUUCCUCUCAAUUAAGACUAACUGGUAACAGCUUGAAGUUUCUAGUCUGCCCUAGCUGGACUGGUGUGUAAGACUUGUGUAGACUCCUCUGUGAGGGGUGUAGCUUAGUAAAGAGCAUUUACUUAGAGUGUCCCAUGAGUGUGAGUGGCCCCAGGACAUGGUUCAGCACUUGCUUAGAAUUCCCUAGUUGAGUGUUUGGGGGCGUGGCCAAGCUGAGCAUUUGCUAGAAUACCCAGAUAAUGGUAGGGAUGUGACUCGGGAGGAGAGCAAUUGCCUAGCAUAUACAAGGCCCUGGAUGUGACCUCCAGCAUUGCCCGUCCCCAAAAGAAAUGCUUAUGCUGGUAAUGGGGAUUACCAGCUCCCUUACUGAAAUUCAUGGGGUGUGGGUGGGAGAAAAUCUUGUCCUGAGAAUAUGAGUGUUAAGGGUUAGGGUUGGUUAUACAAGCAAAAAAUUAUUUUGAGUGUAUUUUUAAAAACUUUUUCAUAGCCGGGCGGUGGUGGCGCACGCCUUUAAUCCCAGCACUCGGGAGGCAGAGGCAGGCGGAUCUCUGUGAGUUCGAGACCAGCCUGGUCUACAGAGCUAGUUCCAGGACA